AACUGUUACACAAUAUUGUCACCCCACAUUCAUUUUAUACGCCCGAUUACGGCUUAUCGACUAAAUGACAUUCAAUAUUUCUAAUACAUACUUUAAGAACAAUAACUAAUCUUCCGUUUCACAGCGUGGUCGCUUUCAACAUUCAUUUGUUUCUGGUGAAAAGCAUCGUAAAGUUCAGGGACGUUGGAAAAUCUAUCUUUGAUUAAAUACAGGGUGAAUCAAAAAUUUGUCCACUUGCAUUUCCAUAGGGGGCCUGAUCUUAGCUCAGUCUUUCCACCUUGGCAAGCAGGAGAUGAUAACCCUUUUCUAUGAUUAAUACUGAAGAAUAAAUAGAGAUUUGGUUGAAUUCAAAAUCAGAUGGACACUACCGAUAGUCUACAGAUUUUAGAUUUUAAUAUUUACUGAACUGAAGACGAAACAGGAAGGUCAGCAGAUCAACUCCAGGAUUAGGGAUUGAUAACUCAGUGGUUUCUUUCUUUCAGUCACUGUUAAGACGUCAAAGAGAAUCUGUGAUUUCUUGUUCUAAUGGAUAUAUUUUCAUUCUGAUUGGAAUACCCGAAUAGAUACUGACAAGUGACAUAUUCAAUCAUUGAUUUUCGUGGCAGUAGUGGUAUAGGCUACCGUAACCUCGCAUUAUUGCAUAUAAAAACUAACAAACUCAUUUGAACACAUGUGAAAUAGAAUCUUGUUCAACAUCAUAAUCUUCUUGUUGUGCCAACAUACCGGUAGGUUUCCACCAUGGCAGUACUAAUCUGUUCAAUCCUAAAACCAUGCAACUUCCUCCAGGUUGCUCGUCAUCUCAAGAGCUAUUCUACUAGAACUAUGCGGUUAUUGCCCACAAGUUUCUAUUCGCUUCGACCGAGUUUAUACAACAAAAAGACAAUUUCAAGGAGAAACGUCUCAAGUUCACUGAUGUAUAAAAGCUACAAGCGCGAUAUGUCUCAACAAACCUGUGAGAGUGAUUUUGUUUUUAGGCAGCUUGUUGAGCACAAAUCGUUUACGCUGACGUACCUCUUGGCCGACAGGGCGACGAAGGAUGCCAUCUUGAUUGACCCUGUGAUUGAUACAGUUGACAGAGAUGUCCGAAUCAUCAGCGAGUUGGGACUGAACUUGAAAUUUGCCGUAAACACCCAUGUCCAUGCUGAUCAUAUAACUGGCACAGGAAAGUUGAAGGAAAAGAUUCAAGGUUGUAAGAGUGUGAUAUCGGCUGUCAGUGGUGCAAAGGCAGACAUAUUCCUGGAGGAGGGAGAUUUUGUCAACUUUGGGAAAUUUAAAAUGGAGGCCAGAAGUACUCCUGGACACACAAAUGGUUGUAUGACAUUUGUCUGGCAUGAGAAGGGCAUGGUUUUCACGGGAGAUGCCGUCCUGAUCAGAGGCUGUGGACGUACAGACUUCCAAGAAGGCAAUCCAGGCGUGCUCUAUGAAUCCGUCUCCAGAAACAUAUUCUCGUUACCUGACAAAUUCCUCAUCUAUCCAGCGCACGACUAUACAGGUCAGACAGUUACCUCUGUUGGAGAGGAAAAGUCUUAUAAUCCACGAUUGACGCAGUCAAAGGAAAAGUUCAUUGAUAUCAUGAAUAAUUUGAAUCUGGCAUAUCCCAAGCAAAUUGAUAAGGCGCUCCCUGCAAAUCUUGUUUGCGGUAUCUAUGACAUUCCUAAGAUAUAUUGAGUUCUCUUGAUUCGUAACAAAGCUGUGGAUCCCCGCUCUGUCUUUAUUUAUGUUUCUGUAUUUAAAAUACAGUGUGUUUUAAAAAAAAGGACACCGAAAUUAAUUUGUUAAUUUCUUGGACAUGGCUAAAUAUUUUGGAAAUUGGCAACCACCAUUUAUUACCAAAUGGUGUCCUCUUUCUUGUGACACCAA